AUGUCGUCAAUUCCCCUCAGCCAUACCUCUUCAAUUUUAAUCGUUGGUGCCGGAACCUGGGGCUGCUCGACCGCUCUGCAUUUAGUCCGUCGAGGAUAUACAAAUGUCACGGUCUUGGAUCCUUACCCGGUGCCAUCAGCAAUUGCGGCUGGGAAUGACGUGAAUAAGAUCAUGGAGCACAAGGAGCUGAAAGGCACGAACCCGGACGCUAGAAGCCUCGCUUUCACAACCUGCACUCGAGCAGCGUUGAAAGGCUGGAAGACUGAUCCUGUUUUUCAGCCAUACUUCCACGAGACAGGUUUUAUUGUGUCGGGACAUACCCCGGCUCUCAUCCAGCACAUCAAGGAAGACGAGAUCGAGCCCUCCGAUGCUGAGUUCGUGUCACUCGAAACGGCGGAGGACUUUCGCAAAACAAUGCCAUCAGGAGUUCUGACAGGGGACUUCCCCGGCUGGAAGGGAUGGCUUAGCAAGAGUGGGGCAGGUUGGAUUCACGCCCAGAAAGCAAUGAUCUCUGCAUACACGGAAGCUCAACGCCUAGGGGCAAAGUUCAUAACGGGCACACCAUCAGGAAAGGCUGUAUGUUUGCUGUAUGAGAAUGGGGAUGUGGUGGGAGCCCAGACAGAGGACGGAACAAGCCAUAUGGCAGACCACACUAUUUUGGCUGCGGGUGCUGGGAGUGACCGUCUUCUGGAUUUCAAGAAACAAUUACGUCCUACUGCCUGGACUUUGUGUCAUAUAAGAAUGACACCGGAAGAAGCGAAGAGUUAUCGGAACCUCCCAGUUCUUUUCAACAUUGCAAAGGGAUUCUUCAUGGAGCCGGAUGAAGAUAAGCAUGAGCUUAAAAUCUGCGAUGAACAUCCUGGAUAUUGCAACUUCAUUCAGGAUCAAUCGCAUGGUGGCGAGAUGCGUAGCAUACCAUUUGCAAGGCAUCAGAUUCCACUCAAGGCAGAGGCCCGAGUUAGAGACUUCUUGAAAGAUACGAUGCCCCAUCUCGCUGAUAGACCUUUUUCCUUUGCGAGAAUUUGCUGGGAUGCCGAUACACCCGAUCGCGCAUUCUUGAUUGAUCGUCAUCCUGAGCACCCUUCGCUCCUUGUCGCCGUGGGAGGUUCCGGCAAUGGGGCGAUGCAGAUGCCUACCAUUGGCGGUUUUAUCUCUGAUGCUUUGGAAGGGAGCUUACAAAAAGAGUUGAAGCACGUUGUACGAUGGCGCCCAGAAACAGCAGUGGAUCGCGAUUGGCACUCUACACAGAAUCGUUUCGGAGGACCAGACGAAAUCAUGGACUUUCAUAAAUUGAACGACAAUGAGUGGACUCAGAUACAAGAGAGUGAGCAGAGCAAGCUAUAG